AUCCACAUCUGGGUCCAUUAGUCAUUUUGCCAUCACUGCCAGCUUCAUCCUCCUGUUUCACUCAACAAAUUGCUCACAUUGAGGCCCCUCACAUAUAUAUAUAUUAUAUAUAAUCUCAACUUUCAAAUUUUUGGCCUUUUGCAAAUCUUCAUUUAGUUUAAUAUUCUAGAAACCCAGAAGUAAAAACUAAAAGAGCACCAAACUUUACUUAAUUUCCAGCAGUUCUCAUUUUCACAUCCCCCACCAAGCACUGAGAUCAUUAUAAGAUUACCAAUUGGUACCACUUUCCAAUUGUGGAAAGCAAAAUUGUUACCAUAAGAUGAGGGUUUAGUUGAGGGUUUUAAAGAUUCUUCACAAGGUUAACAAGGGGACUCAUUUUGUUCACAAGGAAGAUGAUAUGAGUAGUUGUUGUUGUUCAUAUCCAGUGACACUUGUCACCACCACGCGAAUAAUGUCGACUUGUAUCAUGCGAAAAAUGCGAGAUUUCGGUCUAUAAAAGGCAUUGAGGGAAGGUUCAAGAGAUUUGUGUCGAGAAAAGAAAAUGGUGCAUCGGAUUUCAACUGAAAGGGUAAAAGACUUGAAUGGAAUCGAUCAAAUCGUGCUCCGGAAUUCGCAGGGUGCAUCGGCUAAGGUCAGCUUGCAUGGAGGACAGGUCGUUUCAUGGAGGAAUGAUCGAGGCGAAGAACUAUUGUUUGCUAGUACUAAGGCAAAGGGUAAGGCCCCGAAAGUAAUCCGAGGAGGUAUUCCAAUAUGUUUUCCGCAGUUUGAUAGCUGUGGUUCACUUGAACAACAUAGUUUUGCAAGAAAUAAAAUCUGGACCGUUGAUGAAAGCCCUCCAUCGCUUCCUGCCAAAGAUUCAAGUGGAAAAUCAUUCGUUGAUUUGCUGCUAAAAUCAUCUGAAGAAGACCUCAAAUGCUGGCCCCACAGUUUUGAACUUCGUCUUAGAGUCUGCCUUGGAGCGGAUGGAAACCUGACGUUAAUAUCCCGAGUCAGGAACAUAAACGCGAAGCCUUUUAGUUUCUCGUUUGCUUAUCACUCAUAUCUGUCGGUUUCUGACAUUAGUGAAGUGAGGGUUGAAGGGCUAGAAACAAUGGACUACUUGGACAACCUUUGUCAAAAAGAACAGUUUACCGAACAAGGAGAUGCUCUUACCUUUGAAGCCGAGAUUGAGCGUGUGUAUAUUAGCUCUCCAAGUUGUGUUGCAGUACUUGAUCAUGAAAGGAAGCGUACGUUUGUGCUAAGAAAGGAAGGACUACCAGAUGUUGUGGUGUGGAAUCCAUGGGAGAAGAAGUCAAAGUCAAAGUCGAUGGCGGAUUUGGUAAAUGAUGAGUACCGACACAUGGUUUGUGUUGAUGGGGCCGUGAUUGAGAAACCGGUUACUUUGAAGCCUGGAGAAGAAUGGACGGGGCGUUUGGAGAUUAUCGUUGUGCCUUCAAGUUUUUCUAGUGAGGGUCUUGGUUUUUAAAUGAGAUGUCUAUAAUAGUUUCAAUUGUUUUCUUGUCUAGAUUUUAUUUUGUGUUAGGAUCUUUAAGCUUUUAGCUAAAAGGUCAUGUUUUUAUAUAUGUUUAAAGUGUGUUUGUUAUCGCGUAAUGUUUAUAUAUGUUAAAAGGUGUGUUUGUUAUCACAUAUGACUUUAUUUUUCUA